AUGCGGCCCGUCCGACGUCUUGCGGCUCGACUGCCGUCAAGCGUCUCAGCUCCACGGCCGGCCAUUGGUACACUUACCUUUGGACGACCUGUUGCAUCAGGCUCGGCGGCUGCGGCUGCGGAACGUCCAGAGCCCCAGCCAGCUCACACAGUUCCUCCGCCUCCAAGCGUCAUGUCACGCCGGGAACGCAUCCGCGAUGCUAAGCCGUUCUCAGACUUCUUGACGGAUACGUUCCACCGGCAGCAUGACUAUCUGCGCAUCUCCGUCACGGAAAGGUGCAAUCUGCGCUGUCUGUACUGCAUGCCGGAAGAGGGUGUUCCGCUGUCCCCUAACAAGGACCUCCUCACCAGCCCUGAGAUCGUUCUCCUGUCAUCCAUCUUCGUAUCGCAGGGUGUGUCCAAAAUCCGCCUCACUGGAGGGGAGCCCACGGUGAGGCGAGAUAUCUUGCCUCUCAUGCACCAGCUUGGCGCGCUUCGCCCAUAUGGGCUACGGGAACUGUGCAUAACCACCAACGGCAUCUCAUUACAUCGAAAGCUGGAUGCCAUGAUCGAGUCUGGGCUUACUGGUGUAAAUCUGAGCCUCGACACCCUGGACCCUUGGCAGUUUCAAAUCAUGACGAGGAGAAAGGGGUUUGAUGCUGUCCAGAAGAGCAUCGAUCGCAUCCUGGAACUCAACUCGCUGGGCGCCGGAGUCAAGUUAAAGAUCAACUGCGUUGUUAUGAGAGGUCUCAACGAUCGAGAGAUCCUGCCAUUUGUCGAGUUGACCCGGGAGAAGGAUCUCGAGGUGCGCUUCAUCGAGUACAUGCCCUUUGACGGCAACAAAUGGAACAAGGGGAAAAUGUUCUCGUACGACGAGAUGCUGGACGUGAUCCGGGCCCAGUAUCCCGACUUGCACAAAGUCCAGGACGAGAAGAACGAUACAAGCAAGACUUGGAAGGUGCCUGGCUUUGCAGGCCGCCUCGGUUUCAUCACGAGCAUGACGCACAACUUCUGCGGCACCUGCAACCGACUUCGUAUCACGAGCGAUGGAAACCUCAAGGUGUGCCUCUUCGGAAACGCCGAGGUAUCGCUGCGGGACAUCCUUAGGAAGUCCAACAGCGGGGAACCCAUUGAUGAAGAAGCGUUCGAGGCCAUGAAGCAGAUCGAGAUGAACCGCCGGCAAGGCCUCGCCGGAACUGAGUCACCCCUGGGAGUGGCACCAAACGAAGCCGAGCUCCUCGACGUGAUCGGGAUGGCAGUCAAAAGGAAGAAAGCAAAGCACGCCGGCAUUGGCGAGCUGGAGCACAUGAAGAACCGGCCGAUGAUUCUGAUAGAUCCUGCUCCGCCCACACUCACCACCAUGUCGCCGAGAGCGCAGCAGCUCAUCGGCCGUGUCAUACUACCGCCUUUCGGCCUACCAUCAGCGGCCUCCUUUCGCCAUCCUGGACGACGACAGAUUCAGCAACUGCGGCAUCUGUCUUUCUCCCGCGCUGUGAGAAAUGCCAGGAAGGAGGAGGACGAAGACGAGAUCAAAGUCCGCCUCACGCACGUAUCCGAGUCAGGCUCAGCACACAUGGUCAACAUUGCCGAAAAGCAAGUGACGUCGCGCGUUGCCACGGCCGCCUGCGCCGUGCACUUCUCCGGCGACACGGCCAUCAAGCUCAUCCAGGACAACCAGAUGAAGAAGGGCGACGUGCUCGGCGUGGCCCGCAUCGCGGGCAUCAUGGCGGCCAAGCGGACGUCGGACCUGAUCCCGCUGUGCCACCCGAUCGCCAUCUCGCGCGUCAGCGUGGACCUGGACGUCGUCGCGGGGAGCCGGCAGAUCGAGAUCCGGGCGACGGUGACGUGCGACGGGAAGACGGGGGUCGAGAUGGAGGCGCUGACGGCGGCGUCAUCGGCGGCCUUGACGGUGUACGACAUGUGCAAGGCCGUGGACAAGGGGAUGAGGAUCGAGGGGCUGCGGGUUGUGCUCAAGGACGGGGGCAAGAGUGGGAGAUGGGAGAUGGAUUGA